AUGGCUCCAGGCACGGAACAGCAGAAACCAGUCCUGGUGAUAGGCGGCGGCCUUGCUGGCCUCGUCGCCGCCUUCGAGCUCAGCAGGAACAACAUUCCUGUGAUCAUUAUCGACCAGGAGAAUGCGAGUAACCUGGGAGGCCAGGCGUUCUGGUCACUGGGCGGAAUCUUCUGCGUGGACUCUACGGAACAGCGGCGAAUGGGCAUCAAGGACUCACGCGAGCUCGCCAUGCGGGACUGGUUCUACUCGGCAGCCUUCGACCGGGAGAAGGAAGACUACUGGCCGAGGAAAUGGGCUGAGGCGUUUGUGAACUUUGCGACCGACGACAUGGAGAGGUAUCUCAAGGCGAGGGGAAUGGGUUUCCUGUUCAACGUGGGCUGGGCGGAGAGGGGCGGCGGCAAGGCAGACGGCCACGGGAACUCUGUUCCAAGGUUUCACAUUACCUGGGGCGUCGGACCCGAGAUUGUGCGCGUCUUUGCAGAUCCCGUCAAGGCCAAGGAAAAGGAAGGCAUCGUAGAGUUCAAGUUCAGGCACAUGGUCGACAAGCUGCUGGUCGACGAGACCACAGGGCGGGCUGUGGGCGUCAAGGGUCGCAUUCUGGCGCCUGACAACUCUCCUCGGGGUGUGAAAACCAACAGGGACGUUGCCGGUGACUUUGAGAUCUAUGGCUCUGCUGUUCUCGUCUCGUCAGGUGGUAUUGGCGGGAACGUCGAGGCGGUGAAGGCCGCGUGGCCAAAGGACCGACUCGGGCCCAAGGUGCCAGAGAACUUCGUCCUGGGCGUGCCUGCACACGUCGAUGGGCGCAUGAUCAACAUCACCGAGGAGGCUGGUGCCAGCGUGGUGAAUAAGGAUCGGAUGUGGCACUACACAGAGGGUCUGGCCAACUGGAACCCCAUCUGGCCUGGUCAUGGCAUUCGUGUCCUGCCCGCGCCAUCAUCCCUCUGGCUGGACGCCAAUGGCAAGAGGUUGCCGCCUUUCCUCUACCCUGGCUCAGACACCUUGGCCACGCUCAAGUAUAUAUGCAGCACCGGCUACGAUUACACCUGGUUCAUCCUAGACCAGACCAUCAUUGCGCGGGAGUUUGCCCUCUCCGGGUCGGAGCAGAACCCUGACCUCGCGAGUAAGAGCUACCUCCAGCUUCUGCUGCAGCGCGUCCUCGGCAAGAAGGGCACCGUUCCCGUGCAGAAAUUCCAGGAACAUGGCGCCGACUUUGUCGUCAAGGAUAACCUGCAGGACCUGGUGGCCGGCAUGAAUCUGCUGGCCAAGGAACGCGGCGGCCCCGAGCUCGACUAUGCCGAGGUGAAGGAGGUCAUCGAUACUCGCGACGGUCAGUUCGACAACGCCUACUCCAAGGACGCGCAGGCCAUGCUGAUCCACAACGGGCGCAACUACUGGCCUGACAAGAUGAGCCGCGUCGCGCCGCCCCAUCGCCUGCUGGACCCCAAGCAUGGGCCUCUGAUCGCGGUGCGCAUGAAUCUGGUCACGCGCAAGACGCUGGGAGGCCUCGAGACGAACCUGGAGAGCAACGUGAUGAGGCCUACAGGCGAGCCCUUCCCGGGCCUAUACGCUGCUGGGGAGGCUGCAGGCUUCGGAGGAGGGGGCGUCCAUGGGUAUAAUUCCCUCGAGGGGACAUUUUUAGGAGGCUGUGUGUUUUCAGGCAGAGCUGCUGGCCUUGCCAUUACGAAAGAGCUGACAGGCAAGGUAGCCAACACGAAAUUGUGA